UUUCUUCUAACUAAAAAGAUCAAAUCACAUACAAAUGUCUAUAAUAUAUAUUUAUAUAUGCACAUAAAUACAUAAAUAUAUAUUUAUAGAGACACACGACAAAAGGAACCCAUCUCCUCUGGUUCUGAAACUAGAGUUUUCUUAGGUUGGUUCCAACCUAUUAAAAUCUAACAGUGUCAUCAAAUUAUAAUAGAAUAAAAAAUUAAUAUCAUAUAAAACACGUGUCAAAAUAUGAUAAGUUAAAACCGUGAUAUUCCUUAAUUCCAAAAUCAUGGGAGAUAGACCCCGAAGCCAGAGGGCGAGAGAGACCAGAGAGCCCAUGGUGACUGGUGCAUUUCUCUAUCUGAAUGCGAAGAAAGGGCACAACAUGUGAACAAGUUAGUUGAAACAUGGACGGCCAAACCAGAACCUUGUGACUUGGAUUGCAACCACCAACAGCACCUCUUCAUCUUCAAUGGACUUCACGUGUGGUCUCAUCACAAUCUUCAGUAUACCUGUCAACACGUAAUGAGCCUAUAAACAUAACACUGGGUUCAUGCAAUGCAAUCCUCAGUGGAUCUUUUGCAACACAUUGGGUUUCCAAAUCACACAAUGAACUUGAAAGAUAAUAAACGCAAUGAAGAUGAUGAAGAGCAAGAAGAAGAGCAGAGUGAUCUGGAACUGUCAGAGGGGAACGACGAAAGCAACAGCCCCACUGUGCCAUUGCUGCUGAACCCAGCUUACACUCGCACAAAGUCCCUUGUCUAUGAUGAGCUCCAUAACCUCAGGAUCAGCCUCAAAUGGUGUGGACUAGACCACUCGUCCAACACCAGCAAGGCCAUCUCCUUCACUGUGUUUAUCUUUCUCACUUUCCUUAUCCCUGUUGUCACCUCCCUCUCCAUUCAUUCCUCUUCGUCCUCCUCCUCUUCCUUGAACAAACUAGUACAACUCCCCGAGUCCAUCCUUACCAUAAUCUCUUUUGUUACACUCUCCUCCUUUUUCCGUCGAUAUGGUCUCCGUCAACUCCUCUUCCUUGAUGAACUCUACCAUGACUCCCACUAUGUCCGUCAUGGUUACAACCGUGAGCUUGACCGUUCUUUCAAGUACUUGGCUUACAUUUUCCUCCCUUCCUUCUCUGUGGAGCUUGCCCACAAGAUAGUCUUCUUCUCCACUGUUACUGUGCCAUGGAUCCCUUUCAUCAAUAACUCUGCAGUUUUCAUAGUCACACUCGCAUCUUGGGUGUACCGCACAGGCGUUUUCCUUUUGGUCUGUGUGCUCUUCCGGCUUACCUGUGAGCUCCAGAUACUUAGGUUCCAAGGUUUGUACAAGAUGUUUGAAGGCCAUGGUGAAGACCCCGGGGACAUAUUCAAGGAGCAUCUGAGGAUCAAGAAGCAGCUACUUGUGACCAGCCAUAGGUACAGGAUCUUCAUCAUUGCCUGCCUGGUCACCAUCACCAUUAGCCAGCUUGGUGGUCUCCUACUCGUCUUGGCCUCCAAGUUCCAUAUCAACUUCACCAACUCAGGCGAUCUAGUGGUAUGUUCAGCGGUUCAGCUAAGUGGAUUCUGCAUGUGUUUGCUUGGAGCUGCAAGGAUAACACACAGAGCACAAAGAACAGUCUCCAUUGCAGGCAGGUGGCAUAUGUUAAUGGCCUGCAAUUCAGACAACAAGCACUGUACAAGUGAACAGUUGAUCUUCCAUGAUGAGCAUGGUGACGAAGAGCCAAGACUAAUAUCAGAACCAGCAUCCAUGGAACAAUCACACCCUUGUGCUUCUUUCUGGCAGUGCCAAGCUUUAGUGACAUAUUUGCAACACAAUGGAGGUGGGAUCACACUGUUCGGCUUCAUGCUGGACCGUGGGUUGCUGCAUACCUUGUUUGUAUUUGAAACAACUCUGGUGCUGUGGAUCCUCAGCAAAGUUGUAGUUCUUUCUUGAUGACCAUCUUUAACUGUUGCUUUGAACUUGU